CAUAAAGUAAGAAAUAACACGUGGAGCAUAACCCAUCCACGUGGAUUCUAAAACACAGCAUCAAUAAAACUCUUGUUCCAAUUUGUAUCGUAGACCUCAGAAGAGGUCAGCUUCAAUUUUGACUCUCCUCCAAAACAGAGAGACAAAUUAAGCCAAGCGUCAUUGUUCUAGUCCACUACCACGUUUAAGCUCGACGCAUAGAGAAGAAGAAGAAGAAGAAGAAGAAGGAUCCUUCAAGGCUCUCCUUCGUCUUCUUCAACUACUAGAAAACGAACUUCAUUUUCGAUUCAAUUGCAUUGCGUUAGCGAAAUUCUGGUGUUUCGAUUUGAUCAGAUCUUCGAUUUUUCAGAAUCGAAGAAUUUUAAUCGGAUGGAGAUGGUUUUGGAGGAGAAAGAUGCAUCUGAUUGGAUUUAUAGAGGAGAAGGUGGUGCUAAUCUCGUUCUUGCUUACGCUGGAUCUUCUCCGCUUUUUGUGGGGAAAGUGAUUCGUAUACAGAAGGCUCGGAGGAAUGAUAAAGCACAUAUGACUGCGAAUGGCGUUGUUUCGGUUUUAACAAGCGAUGAGCAACUUCUGUGGAGGGAAAACAAGGAGCUUAUUUCAUCACCGAACAAGGAAGUUCUUGAACAGAGAUAUGUUAAGCAUGUGAUUAUUCCACUCUUGGGUCCUAAACAUGUUGAUGCAGGAGUACGUGUUUCUGUGUCCAAGGAAUUUCUUGAGUGUGUUGAUAAGAAAGUUACUAAGCAGCGUCCGCUAUGGCGUGUUAAUGCAGCACAUGUUGAUACCAGUCAUGAUUCUGCCCUUAUUUUGAAUGAUCAUUCACUUUUCUCUCAUGGUAUUUUUAGCAUUGGUGAUUGCAUUAGUGUUGAAAUAAAGCCCAAAUGCGGAUUUCUUCCAACCUCAAGGUUCAUAGGUAAAGAAAACAUGCUGAAAACAAGCGUAAGCCGUUUCAAAAUGCAUCAACUCUUAAAGUUGGAAUAUAACGAGAUAUCUGAAGAAAGUGAAUAUGAUCCUCUUGAUCUGUUCUCUGGAUCCAAAGAGAGAGUUUUAGAAGCUAUAAAAGCCUUAUAUUCUACUCCCCAAAACAAUUUCCGUGUAUUCUUGAAUGGUUCUCUCAUAUUAGGGGGUUCAGGUGAAAGCACAGGGAGAACCAGCCCCGAGAUCGGGUAUGCCUUUGAGGAUACUCUCAAAGGCUUCAUUCAAUCAGAAGACGGUCAUAGGACUAAAUACUUUCUACAGCUAGUAUCUGACGCUGUCUAUAGCUCAGGAGUGCUCGAUAGACUUCUUGAAAUUCAGAAGCUAGACAAAUUAGACAUUGAAGGAGCGAUUCAUUCUUAUUACGAUAUUAUCAACCAGCCUUGUGCUAUAUGUAAAGAGAGUGGGCCACUGGAAGCAUACUCAUCUCUACAUACUUUACCGUUAGAUGAAAGUUUAAAGAUCGUGAAGGACUAUCUGGUAGCUGCAACUGCUAAAGACUGUAGUAUUAUGAUCAGUUUUCAAUCAAGGAAUGCUUGGGAUUCAGAACCUUCUUGUGAUUACGUCUCUCUAAAACCGACCAGUCAAACUUUUGAUUACAAGGUACAUUUCAUUGAUCUUAGCCUGAAACCACUAAAGAGAAUGGAGGCAUACUACAAACUGGAUAAGAAGGUAAUUAGCUUCUACAAUCGGAAGCAGAAGCUCGAAAACAUGGCAGAACAAAUCGGCGACUCAAAACCUUCGCACAACUAAGUCAUGGAUCGUCUCAAUACCACUAGCUGUUUUCUUUUUCCUUUGUUUUUUUUUGUGUUACUGUUGUUGUAAAACACAAUAAAUAAAGCCCUAAAAGAUGAAUGUUCAUUUCUUAAACUUAAAAUUGAUUGGAACUAUAUCUCCUUCUCUCGCCGAGGGCAGAGACAUUUGUAGACCAGCAUGGAGCCGUUGCCUGGAGAUGUUUUACUGGUCCAGAAUGCUCUCCGUCAAGUUUUGCCAGAUUGCUUGCACAUACAAAGAUGGUGGAGCUUAGUCACUGUUACUCGUAUUCUAAGGAAAAUGUUGUUGUGAGCGGUUUUCCGGUCUAUUGUCUCUCGAUUCGUGUCACGGUUGGAACUGAUAUUCUUAGUUUGACGUUGCCGUCGAUACAGCAAACGGUGCAACUGUCUAAAUGGCUU